UGAACUUGUUGGGUUUCUCUCUCUCCCCUCAAGAACAACACACUAUUACUACUACUCAUCAUCAUCAAACUCGUUUUGGGCUAUUCAAUCUCACUGCACAAGAUGAUGUAAUUGUUGCUGAUGAUGGAAACUGCUUCAAUCUCACUCCUUCCACUCAUGCUGCUACUACUCUCAAACUCCCUCCUUUUCCCAUCUAUCAAGAACCCUUCAACAAUCAUCAUCACCUUUCUACUCAUCAAGAUUGGAAGGAGAAUAACUACAUCAACCAAAACCUGCUAUUGGAAAUUUCAUGCAACAACAAUAACAAUAUCGACAACAACCACCACCACCAUCACCAACAACCCAAGCUCGAGAACUUCUUCGGUGGAUACUCCUUCGCCGAUCAUCAUCAUGAUUACGGUGCCAACUCAUCGGGAGACUAGCUCUUCCAAAACUGCUCUCAACCGGAAGUUACAGCAGGAGGAGGAGAAUGCUCUGCCGGCGGCAGUGGUGGAAGCACAAACUCAAUACACCAUCAACACGUGUUGAUGAAGGAGGUGGUAAAAUUGAUGAAAAGAAUAA